AUGUCCAGUGUUCAGCAACGCCGUCAUUCCAAGAACAUUACAGUUGAAUACCACAGGCCGAGCCGGGAGAGUGUCGCCGAGUACAACGCUUUACUCGCUGAAUCUAAUCUUCACGCUGCAGAAGCCAACAAAUACAAGGGCUUUAAUCCUUCUCGAGCUGCACCUGCACCGCCUCCAAAAUCUACUCUCCAUAAGUCACGGACUAGAAAACUUUCUUUACCAGCCAAUCCAGUUCCACAGUCACCGUCUGUGCCAGCUAUGACAACUUCUUCGCCGCCACCUCGUCCUUCUCGUGCCAACACGGCAAAUUUGAACGAUCUUUUUCAGGCAGAGCCCAUCCCAAGCAAAACAAGACGUCUUUCUCAACCAGGUCCAAUAUUGUCCAACGACAGUCAGUUCUACGCUGAUCCUGUCGAAUCACUGCCGCCAGCAGACUACAACAACUCCGCAGGGACCAUCGCCAACAGAUCCCGAAGUAGCACACAGUCUAAACCCAAAAAGAGUGUUCUCGGCUUCAUUUUUAACUCUUCCAAACGCCCAGAAAUUUCCACUCCGUACGAUCCUGUCCAUCUUACCCAUGUCGGCUUCAACUCUUCCACCGGAGAGUUCACCGGUCUGCCGAAAGAAUGGCAGCAACUUCUGCAGGAAAGUGGCAUCUCCAAGUCGGAGCAGGAAAAGAAUCCGCAGGCUGUCAUGGAAAUUGUCAAGUUCUAUCAGGAGGGUCAUGGCGACGUCUGGGACAAGCUGGGAGCCAUGGGUGGAAACACGCCCGAUUUAGCUAGUGGACUAUCUUACGGAGGAGGAAAAAGCAGUAAUGUUGAUGAUAACAUUCAGAGUACACGCGUUCCUCCGGCACCUCCGAAGAAGCCUAGUGCACCGUCAUCGUAUCGUCCUGCUCCUUCUCCUCCAACUGCUGUCACACCUUCUCUUGACCGCUCCACCUCACAACGUACACCGUCCAAGCCCGUCCGACCAAGUGAACCAUCUGUCGGCCGGUCUAAUACUACUCGCGAUCGACGUCCUCCUGCCACCGGUGUAUCCUCGGCCCCUGCGUCCAGUGCAGGUUCGUCACAGCAGUCAGCUCACCGCACACCCAAAGUCUCACCUGGAUCAUCUUCAACUGAUUUGCCGCUUAAACCACCUCAGCCCCAUCGGGAAGCUCCGCGGGCGACAGAAGGCCGUCAACAACAGCCAGCUCCCUCACCUGCAGCACAGCAACUCGCUAAAGCAGCCGGUGGAGGUGUUGCUACUCCCCGAAGACGCGAGAAGAAGCCAGUAGACAAGGAUAAAGAGGAAGACAUCGUUCGCCGAUUACAACAGAUUUGCACGGAUGCAGACCCUACCAGACUGUAUAGAAAUCUUGUUAAGAUAGGACAAGGAGCUUCUGGUGGCGUAUACACUGCCUACCAGGUUGGAACAAACCUUUCCGUAGCCAUCAAACAGAUGGACCUUGAAAAACAGCCCAAAAAGGACCUCAUCAUCAAUGAAAUCCUCGUUAUGCGUUCUUCACGUCAUCCAAACAUCGUGAAUUACAUUGACUCGUUCCUGUACAAGAAUGAUCUGUGGGUCGUGAUGGAGUACAUGGAGGGUGGUUCAUUAACGGACGUUGUUACCGCCAACUUGAUGACUGAAGGCCAGAUCGCCGCUGUUUCGCGGGAGACUGCACAAGGGUUAGAACACUUGCAUAGGCACGGUGUUAUUCACCGAGAUAUCAAAAGUGAUAACGUGCUGUUGAGCAUGGUUGGAGACAUCAAGCUUACCGACUUUGGUUUCUGCGCUCAAAUAUCUGAUCCUGCACAUGCUAAACGGACGACAAUGGUUGGAACUCCGUACUGGAUGGCGCCCGAGGUUGUUACACGUAAAGAAUACGGACCAAAAGUUGACAUUUGGAGUUUGGGGAUCAUGGCAAUCGAGAUGAUCGAGGGCGAGCCCCCUUAUCUCAACCAGAAUCCGCUCAAGGCCCUCUACCUCAUUGCCACGAAUGGAACACCUAAGAUCGCCAAUCCGGAGAAUCUGUCAGCAACGUUCAGUGACUAUUUGGCAAAGACGUUAGAGGUUGAUGCGGAGAAGAGGCCGACAGCGACAGAGUUGCUACAGCAUCCCUUCUUCAAACUAUCGGAACCUCUCCGGACGUUAGCGCCGCUUAUCAAGGCUGCAAGGGAAAUCGCAAAGAACAAGUAA